AUGGUGAUGCUGAAGUUGUUGGCCGUGAACGGUCACUCGAAGUCCGACGUGAUCGAGGUUGACUCGGCGGCCAGCGGGGCGGACCUCCUCGCCGCGAUCAAGGCCAAGCUGGGCUGGACCUUCACGGCGGCCAACUACCAGAACGAGGGACGCGCGCGGGGCGAGCCGCUGCCUCUCGACCAGCCGCUCGGCGACGCCCUGAAGGACGGCGCCGCGGUCACGGCGAAGCGGGACAGGGGCGCCAGGCCGCCGGCGGCCACUCCGGCGCGGCGGGCGGCGGCGGCGGCGGCAGCGGCGCCGGCGAGCGAGGGCGGCAAGCCUCGCUCACGCUCGCGCUCCCCGAAGAGCUCGGCGCCGGACGGUGGGUCGACUCGCGAGAGCGGGGCCGCGAGCGCGGCCGCGCCCGCGGCGGCGGUCCAGCAGGCCCCGCCGCGCGCAGCCGCGGGGGCGCCGAGGGCGGCGGCGCCGCGGGUGGCGGCGGCGCCCCCGGCGGCGGCGCCGGGGGUCGCGGGGGGCGAGCGCGGCGCCGGCGUUGGCAGGCUGCGGGAGGAGCUGGCGCAAGCGCGCCGGAAAGCCGCCGCCGCGGCCGCGGCGUUGGGCGUGCGCGACCAGGAGCUCGCGACGGUGCGCGCGGAGCUGGCGCAGGCGCGCCAGGAGGCGGCCGACGCAGACGCGGCCUGCAGCAAGGUGGAGACGAGGUGCGCGGGCCUGACGACGGAGGUAGCCCGCCUGCAGGGCGAAGGGGGGGCGCUCAGGGGGCAGCUGAGCUACUGGCGCACGAUGCACCGCGGCGGCCCGCACGUGGACGGCGCGGACUACCCUGGCAAGAAGGAGUUGGCCCUGCAGGAGCAGGUGGCGCUCCACGCGAAGAUCUCGGUCGUCGUUGAGGUCACCCUGUUGUCUUACUUGCUCGGUUUCCUAGCCCGCGGCGGCAUGAGCUUCACAGCGUUCGCUGUGAUCUACCAGACCUUGUGGCCAGCGCCCAUGCGCGGCACGAUGUGCGCGUCAAGGACGCACCUGCUGCAGAUCUUCGAGAUCAACGUGAUCGCCUUCGCUUGCAUAUUGAUGUUCGCCGAGUGCGCUCUGGACGCUCACACAUUCGUCUGGCGUCUGCGGCCGCGCCACCAGGGCUCCGAUUUUGAGGCGUUGCUCUGUCAGGCGAGGAAGGACCACCGUAAAACAGUCCGGCAAGACGGGGCGCUCCUGGAGUACAGGGUGCAGGGGGGGUGGGCGAGGCGGGAGGCCGUGAACACGGACGACGUCAGGCAGUGCGAGAUGCGGUUGCUUCGGCGGGCGAGGCAGAAGAAACAGCAGGAGGACUGCAACAAGGAUGACAGGAAGGACGUCGACGAGUUGCUGGUUGGCCGCAAAUCCGCGGGCAUCUUCGUGGCCGUCACGCCCUGCCUGCAAAUUGCGGCAAUUGCGCCGAUGUGGGCGUCCGAGAGCAUUUCGCAAUUACUGUUGUUCUUGCUGGCCACCAGGGAGCUGUUCCUAGAUUUGGCAUACGCGAUUUACGACAACGCCUGCGCGGUCGCGCGGCACCUGCGCAAGCGGCAGCGCGAGGGCCCCCCGAGUGAUCCGGGCGCGCCUGGCUGGACGUGGUUACUGGGCUUGCAAUGGAUCAUCGAUCCGUUGCAUUUCACCUAUCACAAGAGCUGCCGCGAUAAGACGAGCCCGUACUUCGUGCCUGGCAUCGACGCCGACGACUACCCCUCUCUGAAGGGCGUGGACACAGAAGCGGCGGAGCAAUUGUUCCACGUGGCCAAUCGCUGGCAGGUCGUCCUGUCCGGGGCGCACCCAGUGCACGAGGAGCUGCUGCUCCUCAUUUUCGCGCGGGACCACAACAGGAGGCAGUCCUGCCACCGCGCCAUCCAGACGCACCGCUCCGCUCAAGCUGCGCCGGCUGCCCCCCGCAGCGGACCGAGUUCUUCGGCCGAGGGGGGCCUGCGUCUCGCGGCGGCGUGCGCGGGGGGGUGCGAGUGCGAUAUCCCAGACCGCGCGGGCUGGCGGAAGAAGCGGAAGACAAUCCGGACGUCUUGCGAGGUCCCAGAGCCCCCACCGCCUGAACAGGCCCCGGAUGGAGAGGCAGGCAAGCGUGCCGCCCCGGCAGAGGCGCCGCGCGAUCCUCUCCCGACGAUGAGGAAGCAGGACCUACACAGCGCUCACGUGUGGAUUAACUUGCGCAGCAAGACCGUGCGCCACGCAGUGCUGCGGAAUUAUGUGUCCGCCGGGUGCGGAUAUUUUUUUGGUCAGGACAGCCGGCCCCUUAGGUUGGACCGGGCCGACGUGCGCGGCAUGUUCUCGCUCGGUAGCUGCUAUGGGCUUCGGGCUUGCAUUGUCGCAGAUGCCGCCUGGCGCGCGCCGCCGAUCGUUGGCGGGCAG